AAAGAGGAAGAAAGGAUGGAUAAUCUGUCUCCACCCCUGUUACUCAUGAACACAGAAUUGACUCCGUGCCCUAAUGACUACCUUAGCAAUAACAGAAGGGUGAGGACCACUCAAGGCUCCCUUCCCCACACUGGGAACCUUCGUUGUCUGCUGCAGGCUUUCGGGUUUUGUGGUGAUGACCUUUCUGGUAUUUUUCCCUCCUGGGCUGACCUCCCGACUGCCAGCCACUUGGGUCUGACCAGAAGGAGGCCACCACAGAUUUCUCACAGCUCAGAGGCUGAGAAUGGUGCGGAUGAGAAAAAGAAGGUCUACAGGUCACCAACAGCCCAAUCCCCUACGCCAUCCACAGAGGCCGAGUCCCCAGACCAGAAGAGAAGCAUUUGCCUGCGAUCAAAAUCCAGUUUUGAUGGCACCUCUUUAGCAGGUGACAAGAACAACUGCAAAACGGAAGGCAAAAAUGACUCUAAGACUGAAAGGAAAAAGUCUUCAUCUUCGAGCCAGUACAAAGCAAACAUGCACUUUCACAAGUUGUUUCUUGAUGUCCCAACUGAGGAGCCACUGAGGCAAAGCUUUACCUGUGCUCUACAGAAAGAAAUACUGUACCAAGGAAAGCUCUUCGUAUCAGAAAACUGGAUUUGUUUUCAUUCCAAGGUCUUUGGAAAAGACACUAAGAUCUCUAUUCCGGCUUUCUCGGUAACCCUAAUAAAGAAAACCAAAACUGCUCUUUUGGUGCCAAAUGCCCUGAUUAUCGCCACAGUCACUGACAGGUACAUAUUUGUCUCUUUACUCUCCAGAGAUUCAACUUACAAACUACUCAGAUCUGUAUGUGGACACUUAGAAAAUACAAGUGUUGGUAAUAGUCCCAACCCAUCUUCUACUGAAAAUUGUUUUGGGGCAGAUCGCCCCUCAUCUCUGCCCCUGGAUUUCAACGAUGAGUUUUCAGAUCUGGACGGAGUUGUUGGACAGAGAAGGCAAGAUAUGGAAGGAUACAGCAGCUCUGGCUCCCAGACUCCUGAAUCUGAGAACUCCCGAGAUUUCCAUGUGACAGAAUCCCAGACUGUUCUGAACGUCUCCAAGGCAGAAGGGAAACCUGCUCGGGCUGAUGCCCAUGUGAACCGAGGGUCUGAAGGGAAAGCCAGGAGUCUCCCUGCACAUGGUCUGUCAGAAACAGUUGGAAUCUUGCAUAAAGUCAAGUCUCAGAAAUGUCUGACUCUCCACCAUAUCCUUGUAUUCUAUGCAGUUGUGGUCUGUGCAUUAAUCAUUUCGACCUUCUACAUGAGGUACAGAAUCAACACUCUGGAGGAGCGGCUGGGCUCACUGACGUCCAUCGUGGAGACCCACAGUGCUGAACAGACAACACCAUCUGGCCUGAGAUCACAAGUGCAAUUAAAUGUGGAGGUCCUCUGCCAAGAGCUCACGGCGAACAUAGUAAAAUUAGAAAAGAUACAAAACAACUUACAGAAGCUCCUAGAGAAUGGUGACUGAUGACCAGAUUGCUGGCGCCAACUAAUACCUCACAUUUCUUGGAAGAAGGUGCUCCCGAGGCCUUCCUGGUAAGCGCUCCCUGCUGGCCAGAGGCGUGAAUGGAUGAGAACCCAGACAUGGUUGCACUCAGAGGUCUCCAGCUCAGGAAAAGGGGAAGGGGAAUCACUUCGCUUCUUGUGCAAUAAAAGUUGACCUUGUCUCUCUGAGGAAGUUUUUGCUGCUACUGCCUGAACAAAACAGACCCAUCUCUGGAGGUCUCAGAGCAGGCCCAGCACAUAUUCUGGAAUGAUGGUGGCUCAGCAGUUUCUGUGAUUGUGUCCGUAAACACUCCACUCCAGGCCUGCUCAGGGCUUCCCACCCUCUUUUUCACUUACUUAUAUCCUAACGCAGAUCGCUGAAACUAAGGGGUACAUCAUGUCCCACUGGCCUUACCUUUAAAGAAUUAGCCAUGAAUCUCUGAAAAGGCAGUAAAUGUCUCUGAAUGGACAGACUUGCUACAGACAAAUAACAUUCUGCUGUUCCUUUCGGCUGUUAUCUUCUGUUUAAAUCAUAUAUCUGUGUAUCUUAAGUUCUCUGUUCAGUUGUAAUGAGUAUGUCAAGCAAAGUGAAAUAACGAUUCUGUUUUUGUUCCGUUCUGUUUUGUUUUGUUCCUGUGACUAAUAUGUAAUUGGAGUGAUUCUCACCCACCUCAGGUCGAGAAUCUGUGAGGCAGAAGACUGAAAUACUAAGUUAAACUUACUAUGAAACCAAAACUAAUCUUUAAACCAAAAGUUGUAAUAGUGAUUUAAUAAAGGAUGCAGAACACUGAAUUGUUAAGAUUAUAGGUGGACUAUUGUAGCCAUUUUGAAACAGGAUAUCUGAAUUGGAUGCUGAAAGUUAUUUCAGCAGGACAGCUGUAUGUCUUUGUCCUUCGAUGACUAAAAUAAAUAACUGGUGGUUUGCUAACUAUUCACCUUGUGGUUUGGGUGGGUUUUAUUAAUAAUUAUAUAAGGUACCAUAAGAUCUGUAAAUAUAAAGUAUAUUCUAUUUCUAUCUGUAAUGCAUUUUGUAAUCAUUUCUAUGAAAUGUGUUUUGUUUAAUCAGAUAAGCUAGUAAAUGAAUUGGUUACAUCAUUUGUAUGUGUUAGCCUACUGGACAAUAGCUGUGUCUGGUACACCACCAGCUUUUAAUAAAUACUCAGUGGUUGAAGCACCCUGCUAA